AUGCGCGCGAGCCUCCUGCUGCUGUUGGUUCCCUUGCUCGCAGUUGCUCAACGUAUCACACUGCGAGGGGUCGACAAACUCGACGACGACGCCUUCAACCAGGCGCAGAGAAACGACGAGCAGGCCAGACGACACCUCUCCAACAUGCCAAUCAAGACAUCCGACGGGCUCUGCCUGUACGCCGACAGGCUUUCCGGGGAUUCCCGCGCGAACCUCACGCCGGUCCAGAUCGUCCAAUGCAGCAGCGGCGCGAGCGGCCAAGGAUGGGACCUCAUCACCAAGGGGCAACAUAAUGACCAACCCGGGCAGAUGCUCGUGGUCAACAACCAGACGCGGGCGUGCCUCAACUACGACGAUGGUGAAGACCAAAUCUAUCUAUUCUCGUGUGGAGGCCGAGCAGACGGCAGCGGGGCCGUGGCCGACUCGCAGCUCUUUUUGUUCGAAGGCGGCGUCGGGCCGUUGACGCUGAAGCCGAAGAAUGGGGCGUUUACAUGUCUGCUGGGCACUGGGAAUUACGUCAACACUACGAGGUGUAGUGGAGCAUUGAAUCAGAUGUUUACGUUUGGGUAA